AUGGUGGAGUUCAUAGCAACGGAAUUUCCUCAAGCGAUUAACUUGCCCGACCAGGCUGGCAGAGCUCCCAUUCACUAUGCUGCCGCUCAACCAAAUGCUAUCUAUGACACUCUGAUAGACUUGGGCGCCGAUCCACGUAUCACCGACACGCAGCUUAGCCGUACGUGCUUAAGAUAUAUUACGCAUGAAGAAAAUCGUCUUAGCAGUUCUUGCAACACGCAAACAGCCGUAGGCGAUUCCAUGACUCCCGUCAUCAAAAAUAUUCAUUUAGCCUCCUCAUUCAUUGCUCCAUCAUUUCGUUCUACUGAAAAUUUCCUUAUUAAAUAA